AAUAAUCAAUGAGUGACACUGUUCUUCUCAUUUUACUGCUGAGGAUCUGGAAGCACAUUCACCCAUUCCACAAAUAUUUGCUGUGCACCUGCAGUGUGCCAGCCAUGUUCAUGGGUGGAUAAAGUAAAAUCUUUGCCUCUGUGCAGUGCAGCUUCAGUCUGGGGUUUACAGGAAAGGAAGAAAGAUGAGAAACAAGAGAUACAUACAUUACACGGUAAUUAAAAGGGGAUACCCGCUAUGGAAGAAAACAGCACAAUAACAGAGAUAGGAAGUUGCGAUUUUAAGGCAGCCAGCGCAGACCUCACCAAGAAGGCAACAUCAAUUUAAAGAGGGGAGCCGCGACCGCAAGUGCAAAGGAAGGCCCUGAGGCGGGGGCAGCCUAGACUCCACCAGUGGGGAGAGUAAGGCAACGCGGGGAAAGGUGAGGGGCUAAUGCGUCCGUUCUAAGAACUCUGACUUUAACUCGGGGCUAGACGGGGAACCACUGGACAGUUCUGCCCCAAGGUGUGACCUUUGUUUUAUUUUAUUUUUUUUAAUUACUAUCAUUAUUUGAGACGGAGUCUCACUGUCACCCAGGUUGGAGUGCAAUGGCGCGAUCUCGCCUCACUUCAACCUCCGCCUCCAGGGUUCAAGCGGUUCUCCUGCCUCAGCCUCCUGAGUAGCUGGGACUACAGGCGCCCGCUAAUGUUUGUAUUUUUAGUAGAGACGGGGGUUUCACCACGUUGGCCAGGAUGGUCUCGAACUCCCGACCUCAGGUAAUCCGUCCGCGUCGGCUUCCCAAAGUGCUGGGAUUACAGGCGUGAGCCACCACGCCCAGCCGACUUUCGUUCUAAAUCGGCCCAUCUGUUUAGGCCCAAUGUCCCAAGCCUAGCGAGAGAAAACAAAAUUUGAACACGGGCAGUCCGGCUCAGGAGCCUGUGGUGGCGGGAUUAAAGAAUGAGUCUACAUCCCAGGGCUGAGUCCCGCAGCGAGCCCCCGGCGGGUGCUGGCCCCUAGCUGUGGUUACCGCCAUCCUUUCACUUAAACUCCGCCCCAUUACUCCCCGACUCCAGGGCUCCGCAUCCACUCGGCCGAUUCUCCACGUAGCGCUUCCCGGGCUACAGAUUGCGUAACUUCGGCAGCCGGGCGGAGUCUGGAAAGAGGCGGAGGGGCGGCGGACUGAGAGAAUGCUCCUGUAAUAGCUGCGAAGAGGAAGCCCAGAGAGCCCCGGCCGCCGACUGAACGCCGCUCCUGCGCAAUCCGGGUCCAGGCCGCCGACAUUCCAGAGCCGCCUUCCGCCCCGCCCCCAAUUCCGGGGUGGAGUCCUCUGCCGCGCCUGCGCAAAGCGUCGCCGCAACCCCCCUCACGCCUGCGCGCUUCGCCCGCCCGGCCCCAUCCCCCCCAGGGUUUUUCGGGUGGGGGAGGGGGACGUCUCGGCGAGUCACGAUGAUGGCGGCCACCAUCCUGUGGUGAGCUAGCGGAUUCCUUGCUUGCCUCGCAGAGCCCCUCGCGCCUCCUGCAGACUCAGUGGCUGGCGCCCGGCGCGUGAGGAGGCACGGCGGCCCGAGCUCGCGGGGAAGGCCGCAGUCGCGGAAGCAGCGGCGCGGGCCGCAGCACGGGCUGGGGGAGAGGCCGCUCCGCUGGGCGAAUGUGACAAGCCCCCACCCCCACCGUCUUCCUCCCCAGAGCGCGAGGAGCGCGGGCGACCCCGGGGCCCCGCCAGGCCACAGACCCCGCCCAGCGGUCAGCACCCGGCGCAGGCCCGGCAGCAGAGCUGCGCGGCGGCACCAUGCAGGUCACCCUGAAGACCCUCCAGCAGCAGACCUUCAAGAUAGACAUCGACCCCGAGGAGACGGUGAAAGCACUGAAAGAGAAGAUUGAAUCUGAAAAGGGGAAAGAUGCCUUUCCGGUAGCAGGUCAAAAAUUAAUUUAUGCAGGCAAAAUCCUCAAUGAUGAUACUGCUCUCAAAGAAUAUAAAAUUGAUGAGAAAAACUUUGUGGUGGUUAUGGUGACCAAACCCAAAGCAGUGUCAACACCAGCACCAGCUACAACUCAGCAGUCAGCUCCCGCCAGCACUACAGCAGUUACUUCCUCCACGGUAACAACUGUGGCUCAGGCUCCAACCCCUGCCCCUGCUUUGGCGCCCACUUCCACACCAUCAUCCGUCACUCCAGCAUCAGCGACAGCAUCUCCUGAACCUGCACCUGCUAGUGCAACUAAACAAGAGAAACCUGCAGAAAAGCCAGCAGAGACACCAGUGGCUAGUAGCCCAACAUCAACUGACAGUACAUCAGGAGACUCUUCUCGGUCAAACCUUUUUGAAGAUGCAACAAGUGCACUUGUGACGGGUCAGUCUUAUGAGAAUAUGGUCACUGAGAUCAUGUCAAUGGGCUAUGAACGAGAGCAAGUAAUUGCAGCCCUGAGAGCCAGUUUCAACAACCCUGACAGAGCAGUGGAGUAUCUUUUAAUGGGAAUCCCUGGAGAUAGAGAAAAUCAGGCUGUGGUUGACCCCCCUCAAGCAGCUAGUACUGGGGCGCCUCAGUCUUCAGCAGUGGCUGCAGCUGCAGCGACUACAACAGCAACGACUACAACAACAAGUUCUGGAGGACAUCCCCUUGAAUUUUUACGGAAUCAGCCUCAGUUUCAACAGAUGAGACAAAUUAUUCAACAGAAUCCUUCCCUGCUCCCAGCGUUACUGCAGCAGAUAGGUCGAGAGAAUCCUCAAUUACUUCAGCAAAUUAGCCAACACCAGGAGCAUUUUAUUCAGAUGUUAAAUGAACCAGUUCAAGAAGCUGGCGGUCAAGGAGGAGGAGGUGGAGGUGGCAGUGGAGGAAUUGCAGAAGCUGGAAGUGGUCAUAUGAACUAUAUUCAAGUAACGCCUCAGGAAAAAGAAGCUAUAGAAAGGUUAAAGGCAUUAGGAUUUCCCGAAGGACUUGUGAUCCAAGCAUAUUUUGCUUGUGAGAAGAAUGAAAAUUUGGCUGCCAAUUUUCUUCUACAGCAAAACUUUGAUGAAGAUUGAAAGGGACUUUUUUAUAUCUCACACUUCACACCAGUGCAUUACACUAACUUGUUCACUGGAUUGUCUGGGAUGAACUUGGGCUCAUAUCCACAAUACUUGGUAUAAGGUAGUAGAUUGUUGGGGGUGGGGAGGGAGGGCUCUAGGAUAUAGGGCAGGGAUAAAUACAGUGCAUGUCUGCUUCAGUUAGCAGAUGCCGCAACUCCACACAGUGUGUAAAAUAUUAUACAACCAAAAAGCAGCUUUUGCAGGUCUUUAUUUCUUCUGUAAAACAGUAGGUAACUUUUCCUAGGUUUCACUCUUUUUAGUGUACUAGAUCCAGAAACUUAGUGUAAUGCCCUGCUUUAUAUUUCUUUGACUUAACAUUGGUUUCAGAAAGAAUCAUAGCUACCUAGAAUUUACAGUCUCUGUUUCAUGGCAACACUGGAUAAUGGCUUUGUGAAAUUUAAAAAAUUUUUGUAGCGACUGUAAACAGAAAUGCCAAAUUAUUGAUGGUUAAUUGUUGCUGCUUCAAAAAAUAAGUAUAAAAUUAAUGUUUAAGGAAGCCCAUUCUUUCAUGUUAAAUACUUGGGGUGGGAGGGGAGAAAGGGAACCUUUUCUUAAAAUGAAAAUAAUUACUGCUAUUUUAAAAUUUCUUGAUCAUUGAAUGUGAGACCCUUCUAACAUGAUUUGAGAAGCUGUACAAGUAUAGGCAGAGUUACUUUCCUGUUUACAUUUUUUUUUUGUUUUGUUUUGGGGAAAAAUUGGUAGGUGUCUAAUUACUGUUUACUUCAUUGUUACCUUGCAGUAAAAGUUUUAAAACAACCAUUGCAUGUUUGCUUUUGAUGUAUCCCUUUGUGAAAUUAGCACUUUUGGGGCCAAUGGAGAAAUGCAGCAUUCACUCUCCGUCUUUUCCCCUUCCCUCAGCAGAAAUGUGUUUAUCAGCAAGUCGUGAGUCAAACUGCUGCCUUUUAGAAAAAUUCACAAAAUGCUGAUUCAGUUCAAAAUUAAUGCAAAUGUUUCAAAACUGGGUUUCUGUUAUUUGUAAAUGCGUUUCUUUAUUAGAUAAGAGUGUAUUACCAUUAAAAUCAUUAGUAUAUUGCUUUCAAAAAGAGAUGGUAGACAAAACUAUAAUCCAGCAUCUUUUAUUGCAUUGGAAAGACUGGCAGAAUCUUUUGGAAGGGCUGGGAGAAUGUGGCUGGAAAGUACUUUGGAAAAUAUACAAUCAAGAUAUCUCAUGGCAUAUUAAAAGAAAAAUCUUAAUAGCAGUGUUGGCUUUUAUUUGGAUUUUUUCAUCUCAGUUUUUUCUUUGCAUCUCCUUCAUUGGCAUUGUUAUUUGAUCAUAAACGGGACAGAUGUCUACUUGUUCAGUUUUUCAAAUCUGUUUUCCUGAGUAUAAAUAAGAGUAUUUAAAGAAAUAA